AUGGUUCCUCCUCCAGCCGAGAUUCGUAGAAAGUUGGUCAUUGUCGGUGACGGUGCUUGUGGUAAGACCUGUCUUUUGAUUGUUUUCUCCAAGGGCACUUUCCCAGAAGUCUAUGUUCCAACCGUUUUCGAGAAUUACGUUGCUGAUGUCGAGGUUGAUGGCAGAAAAGUCGAAUUGGCCCUUUGGGAUACUGCGGGUCAGGAAGAUUACGACAGAUUGAGACCUUUGUCUUACCCAGACUCCAAUGUUAUUUUGAUUUGUUUCUCUAUCGACUCGCCAGACUCUUUGGACAAUGUUUUGGAGAAGUGGAUUUCCGAGGUGUUGCACUUCUGCCAAGGUGUUCCUAUCAUCUUGGUUGGCUGUAAAGUCGACUUGAGAAACGACCCAGCCACCAUUAAGGCUUUGGCCCAAGAAAACCAGCAACCCGUCUCUUCUUCCGAAGGUGAGGCUGUUGCCCAGAAGAUUGGUACCCAGUACUACUUGGAGUGUUCUGCUAGAACCGGCCAAGGUGUCAGAGAAGUGUUUGAAACUGCCACCAGAGCAUCUUUGGUGACCAAAGAAAAGAAGGAAAAGAAGAAGAAGUGUGUUGUCUUGUAA